AUGGAUGAAUACUCACUGUUGACAAGCAAAAAAGAGUGCAAUUGCGGCAAAGACCUUGAAAGUUCAACCUGCUCUACUAGCCAAACGUGGGACGAGUUUUCUCUGACAUCAGAGGAUGAAGAGUUUUCGCUGGUAUCUAGCGAUAACGAGGAGCUAAGCCCAAGUGAGCUCAUGGACAAAAAUGACCCUGCAAAACAUAAUGAUGGGCCCAGCUGUUCUUUGGUUGCCGGCGAGCCCCUAAGCAAUUAUCCAGCACGCUGCUGUGAAACCGAUCUCCGCGCCAAGCCUAAUAGAAUGGACCAUCGAACGACAGUUGUACCGUUGGAAAGUGAGGAAACUAGCACUAGUGAUAGCAGUAUCAGCUCCCGCACUAGAGGCCCUGGCCCAUCCGAUAAAGAAGUCAAGGAAGAAAGGGAAAGAACAUACUGUCGCGUGCGAGUGGGUGACGAAAUGUUCACCGGCUUUUUGACUAAUUGCAAUAAAGGAAUUCAUGAUUGGACGUCGUUGAGAGGAAAGACAAUUUUCCUGGAAACAAACCAGAAUUGCGACAGACUUGUUAAGGACAUAAAAAGUCUUGGCGGAUUGAUUAGUCAAUUUCUGACAAAGUGUGUAGACUUUGUCGUUAUAGAUUCGUUCGAUAGCCCAACUAUAACAUCAGACGAGUUGCUAGGUAGUAAACGUGGAUCUAGAGGGAAAAUGCUUUUAGCUACUGCCCUGAAUUCACCAAGUUAUCAUAAAAAAACUUUACAAGAAAAAGGACGUGAAUUUGGGUUUAAAGUGUUCUCUGUUUCGGAAUUCAAGAAAAAAGUUAAUGAAAUGAUAAUUUCUAGUAAGAGAGAUUACAGCCCAGAUGACGAUAGAGAACAUUGGCCGCAGAAGAUUAAUAUAAAUAGAGAUAAAGAAACAUUUACCCACGGUCUGAGGGCUCCCUUCAUCAAAGUUGAGGACCACUCAAGAAGACAUAGUCCGAUUUUUAAGGAAUUCGACUCUUGGCCCAGCAUUGACCUUGACAGUCCAACUGUGUGGAAAGGAGGCAAUAGGAAGCAGUUAAAGAACGGUCGCAAACAGGAGCGGGGUGAAAUUAGGAAAUUUUGUGAAUGUUGUCAAUGUUAUUAUACAGAUUUAAAUAGUCACCUUGAAUCAAAGGAACAUAGAUCUUUUGCACAAAAUGAUAAAAACUAUGAGGCCAUCGACAAAUUGAUUAAGAGAGAGAGGACGUUCACUGAAUGAGUUAGUGGAGGACACUAUAAAAAGGUGAACAGAUGAGAAUGUCUGACAACAACCGUGGAAAGCAAAGAUUAACCGAUUUUCAUUUGAGAUACUUUUGAAAAAAUUGUCUGAUUAGCGCUGAGUGGAAGAUAAAUAUGAUUGAAAUCACGCAUCGAUCGUCGUUAACAUACCGUUAUGAUAUAAAAUGACAAAGGGGGCUUGUAGGCAUUUUGCUUUUUUUCAAAUUGAAAAAGAUCAACCCAAAACCACAGCUAUUGAUUUUACCGUACAAGUGCAUUACUUCAGUAUCAUACCAAUGUAACAAAAUGAUGUAUAUCAUCAUUUGCCAUCCUGACAUGAUAUUCAUUUCUAUGCUAAACUGAAUGAUAGUUCAAGGAAGAAAAUGUUCGUAUCUGUGUGAGUGUAAAUAUCGGUUGAAGGAAUGAAUUAGAUUGUCUGUAGUUCAAAGUAUCUCAGCCCGUUGAAUAUUAUUCUAACUCUCUGACUUCAAUAACCAGGCUGUACAGACUAAGUUAGCAGAAAACAAUCAAAACCAACCAACCAAGAAAUGUGAGUCUAAACUGGCAAGCAGCACUGCUAAAAAUUAAAGCAAAAUAAAGCUUCGUGUCAUAUUUUUUUUCCACCGGAUAUAGUUGUUGUUGUUGUUGUCUUUUUUUUUUUUCUUUUUCAUUUUACAGUUUGAUUAGUUGACUUUAUCUUGGUUACAUACACGUACUUACUACCCAUGUAUAUUACCACUGUAAUCUCUGAGUCUCAGGGAAUUUCACGGAAUUUUAUGUCAACAGUCCCCUCUCAUGUGCCAGCCGUAGAAGAUAUCAUUCUGGGGAAAAUCCACUGUUGCGUUAAACGUUGUUUUAGUAAACUUCCAGGAGAGCAGGUCCGAUCAGCCAGAGCGAUGUUCACCUCAAAGCGUUCUGUGGAUCAGAGACAAUGGGUUCUAGAUUAUUUGAACACCCAUACGGAAGGGAAGACGGUUAUUUAUAUCAUUGGAAAAGACAGCGGCGUCUGUGAAAAGGCGUGGAGAAACUGUCUAGGUCUCACGCGUACAAGGUACCAGACAGUACAUUUUUAGACUCCAUCUUCUGCAAACAGAAUCAUAUGCAGCAUUUUUCUUGUUGAUUACAUUAUCCCGUCCGAACCAGGCGCUGCCUUCUACAUGAAAAGCAAACAAACAGAAACAACAACAAACAUCCAGUCCAGCCAAACAGACAUGGCAAACAGUGGGAAUUGUUUUCCCCGUAGGGACCAUUCCAUAUUUUGAAUGCAGGUUUACUGAUCAUGACAUGUUCACCACUUGGUUUAAUUGUGACUUGAAUGCUUUACAAAAUUAUGUUCCAAUAUAUUAAGAUGAAAGAUAUAUUAAGCAUCCUCAGUAUUGUAUUGAUCCGUCGAAAAGUUUUGUUUUGAUGAUUAUUAACGUUUUGUUCUUCGUUUUCCAAAAAUUAACGCCUACAGAUACUUUGCUAUUUUGAGGUUACGGAGGAAAGGAACUGUUUUCAUUGAGCAUGGUAAUAAGGGUAUGGGCCUUAAUACACAAAUUCAUGUCCAAGAAGCUAAAGCCUUUCUGUCUAAUUAUGUGCACACCCUGGGAGACAUGAUGCCAGACAGCAAUGAGGUACGUACGAAUUAGAGGCAUAAGAAUUAUUUUCACUUUGGUAGAACGCAGACGCACUGCGAACUUUUGCUGAUGCGUGCGUAUGGUAAAUAUGAUUAUUGUAUACUUUCACCCAUUUUAAACUUGCACACAAAGCCAAAAUUGAGACCGAUUUUUUUCUACCCGUUUCUCCGAAACCCAUAAAUUCGUAGUAGCACUAUAUAUAAACAUUCAUUCAUUUGAACAACAUGACUGUACUACUAGAUCAGACAAAAUUUAAACCCUCAUUUGCUACAUCUCAUUUAGGUACAUCUGCCAACUUGCCUUAAGAAAGAAGACAUUUACAAUGAAAUGUGUGAAACUCUGAAGUCAAGGGACAUAAAACCAUGCUCUUUCUCUCAUUUUAGAUGAGUAUGGCCAAAAAAUGUCAAAAUCAGAAAGGUAACUAUAGUUCUUAGGUUAACAAAGAGUAAAGAAUAACUGGAAAGGUAACUACAGUGCUGAGUGGAAUUAUCUGAAGUUGAUGUUCUCAGUUUUUAUUCAGUUUACAACUUGCGUUCCAUUUCUGAUGUUUUUAUUUAGUGCAUGCAAUGACCAUGACCGCAUUACUGGAAAGACAGUUUUAAAUAACUUGUUUAUUGGU